GGAGCACUGCAAGAGAACAAUCUCUUCCAGGGCAUCCAGCGCUCACUGGUCGCGUGCUCGAAGCCAUUCGAACUUUAAACCCCGCCGAUUUCUUCUCGACUUCGAUUCCGUUCCUAUUAUUAUUGCUAGGACUCGCGAUUAAUAAUAAUUCGCAGUCUCGUUGCGCUGGAAAGUGGCUCUUUUCCCCGGAAUUUGGACUAGUCCAGCGCCCUUCAAAAGGCCUGCUAAAUCCCGUCCUGGUGGUCCCUCUUCCAAAGUUCGCCCCUCACCACGCGCCGUCAUCCGCCUCUCUCCUUGCUUCUACUCCCAUUCUCCUCCCUUUCAUACGGUCAAUCUGCCAGCUACGCCAGAAACCAUCUUCCUCCAGUUUUUUCUUUGACUAAAGAAGACUCCAAACGCCCUUCUUUCUUUACCCCGCAUUACGAAUCAUGGCGGACGUGAAUGAUGACACCCACCAGAGGCCCUCCAACAUCCCCCCACCACCGACGGAGGACUACACAUUCCCCGAAUACCGCCUGAAGCGGAAGUUGGACGAUCCAGAGAAGACUCCGCUGCUUCUGGUAGCUUGUGGAUCGUUUUCGCCCAUCACCUACCUCCACCUGCGCAUGUUCGAGAUGGCGGCCGAUUACGUCAAGUUCAGCACUGAUUUCGAACUCAUCGGCGGUUACCUCUCCCCCGUCUCCGACUCGUACCGCAAGGCGGGUCUGGCAAGUUCGGAAGACCGAGUCGCAAUGUGUCAACUUGCCGUCGACCAGACCUCGGACUGGUUGAUGGUCGACACUUGGGAACCCAUGCAGAAGGAAUACCAACCGACCGCCGUUGUCUUGGAUCAUUUCGACCACGAGAUCAACACUGUACGAGAGGGCAUUGAUGCUGGGAACGGUUCUCGAAAGCCUGUCCGGGUUGCUCUGCUGGCGGGUGCUGAUCUGAUUCAUACCAUGUCCACUCCAGGCGUCUGGAGUGAGAAGGAUUUAGACCACAUCCUGGGGAAGUAUGGGUCCUUCAUUGUCGAGAGACACGGAACAGACAUCGAUGAAGCGCUUGCGACCUUACAACCCUGGAAGGACAACAUUUAUGUGAUCCAGCAGCUCAUUCAAAAUGACGUUAGCAGUACCAAGAUCCGUCUCUUCCUGAGGCGCGAAAUGAGUGUCCGCUAUUUGAUCCCACCCCCUGUCAUCAAGUAUAUCGAACAGCACCAUCUUUACGAAGAAGAGAACGCCUUGAGCUCCAGGUCCAACGAUAAAGGAAAGAAGCCCGAGCAGACGACGAUAUCGAGCUGAUGUUGCCAUUCAAUCCAUAGUUCUCGUUCUUUCCUGCGUCGAUGAUCCAGCCCGCUACAUGUUGCGUUGUAGCCAUGGGUCACGAUGUUGCGGAGGUUUCGUUACCGACCUUACGGAUAAAGUGACUGUUCAUAUCCUUGCCGCAGAGGUCAGACGUGCUUCCACACUGGGGUGUAUAAUUCCCUGCAAGUCGCAGUAAUCCGGGCUGGUUGGACGAUUCCUUUACGUGUGAUGACUGUUACGAUGUGUCCAUUGUUUUGGUACUAGAGAAGGAGUUCGCUGAGCACUACUCGGCUCACUACCUUUCUCCCUCUUACACCCCUGGGUAAUGUCUGCAGACCGGGUCCAGUUCCAUCCCAUGGUGUAGCCAGUUGUCCAGUCUGCCGCAACCAGUCCCCAGACAUAAAAAGCGCAUAUUAUCCAUUACACCGGCCCUUUUCUAUGCCUUGAGUUACCGCGAGCAACAUGUUCAUAGACAUGUUUGUUUUGAUCUUGUUAUCAUAUACCCUAGUCCUGUACAUGUAUGGUUAUUCAUAUGAUCGUUUCACUGUGUCUCUUUAGUUGUUAGAGCAUAGUUAACUAGUUAGUUAACUAACUAGUAACUAAGUUAUCAUGGUGUCUAAGACCGACUCGACCACUAACUGGUGUAGGGUAGAUUGUGAAUGCGAUGGCUGAGCAUUUAACCUUAGGCCAUGUAACGAACAAUUGAAGGGGAUUCUGGUUGCUCUAUCUUCUGCUUAUUGCAAGACAGGAAGCCAACAUAGAAACACUGUAUAUGCAGCUUAAUUAAUCAAAGCCAAGAUGGUUAUUAGAUAGUG